UCGUAUUAUCAGGUCACAAAUUCGGUUAGUAGGUGUCGUUAUGUUCUUCAUAAAUGUCGAGUAAACUCACUGGAAUGAAUAAACUAAAGAAAGAAAUAUAUUUGUUGUCAGUUGAAAACCCCAUAUUUGUGUAGAUUUGUUUCAAAUGAUUUUUUGUACCCCCAGGGUAUUUCAAACUGUCACGUUUACGAAGUUGGGUUGCGUUAAACAGCAGACUUUAUAAUGAUUUUGUAAUAAUACUUUUCCCAGAAGGCCUUAGCAGGUUUGUUCAUAACCAAUGUUACAGUCGUAGUUGUAUAUUCUUUGACCUUGUUUUUACUUUACAAACAGUCAAUAGGAACACAUCUGUGCAUCGUGUUACACAAUGUCUCUCGUUGUUGUCGAUGAUGAAAUCGAACUCCGAAGGUUGAUAAAAAAUGAGCGAAAACUAGUAGUUUUCUUCUCGUCCCCUAAUGUGCCUCAAUGCGAUCAGGUACAUAAUGCCCUAAAAACACUGAAGGAAGAUACAGUGAAUUCAGAAAUUUUGUUCGUCCAUGUAAGUUGCCCACCGUUUUUUUGGCGGAUGCAGAACAGCUGACCACCAGUUAAGGUCGGUUGUUUACAAUUCGCCGUACACUAAGCGCAUUUGCUCCUAGCCAGCUGUUUCAAUACAUUAGCUAGGCUCUCAUUUAAAUGCUACAGUACUAAUUAUUCACUUAUAAAUUAAAACUAGUCCUGCUAAUUUUAGUCUAAAAACCUACUGGUACAAUUAAUUUCCAGUAAAAGUAACAGUUCAGUGCACUUGUUUCUGUGGUACUAUGAAGUUGUACUCUUUGUGCGCUUCCAAUUUCUAGGUGGAUGCGGAGGCCGUUUCUGAGGUUUCAAAACAACUGAAAAUAAUUUCUGUUCCUACAGUUUUAUUCUUUCAGUCAAGUGAGGAAAUCAGUCGCGUUCAUGGUGCAUCUAUUCCUGAUGUUACAAAAUCUGUCAUGAAUUUGCAAUCAGCACCCGCUAAUGGUUUAUCCAAUGAUCUUUCAUCACAUCUUCACUCUUUAAUUAAUAAGGCACCAGUCAUGCUUUUUAUGAAGGGUAGCCCCGAAGAACCCCGAUGUGGAUUUAGCCGCCAGAUCGUCAGUAUUUUGCGUUCUAAUAAUGCUAAGUUUGAAACAUUUGAUAUCUUACAAGAUGAAGUGGUUCGACAAGGUUUGAAGUCCUAUUCCAAUUGGCCAACCUACCCACAAUUAUACGUGAAGGGCGAGUUAGUGGGUGGCGUGGAUAUCGUAAGAGAGUUAGCCGAUUCAGGAGAGUUAGCACAAAUGUUGGUAGUUCCGUGAAUGUGGCAAAUAAAACACCUUCUUUCUUCCAAACCUCUGCCAUUUAUUGUAUUUUUAAAUGUAAUAUAACCUUAUUGAAUUGGA